CAGGCACAAAAGUCUCAAACCGAGGCUCGCAGUUCAGCAGGGGCCGGUGCCUCCCGCCGGCCAGCAACCCCAGCCAGCGACCAAGCACAAGGCCAACGAGAAGCAAGAGAAAGGAGACAAACCCCAAAAACGUCCCUUAACCCCGUUUCACCAUCGAGUGUCCAUCAGCGACAAGGUUAUCCUGGAGGCCGACUCCGCCAAUCAGCGGCUGGUAAUCCCCACCACCGACAGCCAAGUGAGGUUUUCAAACCUCAGAACUAACGAGGUCGCAAAGACACCUCAGAUGCACCCCGCGGAAAUUGCCAGUUCCCCGCAGCCACCGCCCCUCAGUCCCCACCCAUGCGACGCGGCGGAGGAGGGGGCAACCAAAACGCCUUCCACGCCCCAGAGCCAACAUUUCUAUCAAAUGUCGACUCCCGAUCCUUUGGUUCCUUCAAAAGCCAUGGAAGAUAGGAUAGAAGGGUUAUCCCAGAAUUUCCCAGCUACGUUUCCCGAUGUCGUAGAGCCCACCAUGUACGUCGGCGCCGCAGUGAACUUGGAGGAAGAAGACGCAGAUUCCAUGUGGAAGUAUUACAAGGUUCCAAAGAAAAAAGAUGUGGAUUUUUUGCCGCCGCCUUUGCCGAGUGAAAAAUUUCGGGACGAGCCCAUGGGAUCUGCCGCAUCGGACAAUGUACCUUCAGCUACAGAAUUAAUGUUGCAAUAUAGGAAACCUCUCAAGGUCUCCGAUGAAUUGAUCCAGCAGUACCAGAGCAAGAACCAAUACCUAGCAGCUAUAGUAGCUGACCAGGAGCUUGAGAUGGACCCAUAUGCUUUUGUUGAUGGAGAUGAAGAGUUCCCAUUUCCCGAUAAAAAGGACAGGCCAAACAGUGACCGAGAAAUUGGGAAAAAACAUAAGGUAAGUGGGGGGAACAACUCGAUUUAAAUCAUAAUUUUUGAAGAGCAACUGUCAUCUCUUUUCUCCCCCUGUGUGUCAAUAGAUGCGCAGCGUAAUCCCCCUCACAACCGCACAGCUUCAACUAGUUUGUUCCAUGAAAACGACCUGGUUGUCUCCUAUACUGACCUUGAUAAUCUCUUCAACUCUGAUGAAGACGAGCUAACCCCGGGAUCUAAAAGAAUAUUGAACGGAACAGACGACAAGUCUAGUUGCAAAGAGUCAAAAGGUGGAAACCUGGACCCAUUGUCAUGCAUAAGUACAGCUGAUCUUCAUAAAAUGUAUCCCACACCACCAUCCUUGGAGCAACACAUUAUGGGAUUUUCUCCCAUGAAUAUGAACAACAAGGAGUACGGCAGCAUGGACACCACCCCCGGAGGAACCAUCCUCGAAGGAAACGGUGUGACUGGUGGCCUUCAGUUCAGGAUUGAAGUGGACGAGGGAUUCUGUAGUCCAAAACCCACAGAAAUAAAGGAUUAUUCCUAUGUUUAUAAGCCCGAGAACAGUCAAGCUUUUAUGGGAUGUUCCAUGUUUGCUCCACUGAAGACUCUCCCGAGCCACUGUCUCCCUGCCAUCAAAUUGCCAGAGGAGUGUGUUUAUCGGCAGAGUUGGACUGUUGGCAAGUUGGAUUUGCUUCCGCCAGGACCCACAAUGCCAUUCAUUAAAGAGGGGGACGGGAGCACCGUUGAUCAAGAGUAUGGCCCUGCCUACACUCCGCAGACACAUACCCCCUUCGGUAUGCCCCCCAGCAGCGCCCCGCCAAGCAAUAGCGGCGCUGGGAUCCUUCCUUCCCCUUCCACCCCCCGCUUCCCAACUCCCCGGACUCCAAGGACGCCUCGGACUCCCCGCGGGGCGGGUGGGCCAGCAAGCGCGCAAGGCUCCGUCAAGUAUGAGAAUUCCGAUUUGUACUCGCCAGCCUCGACCCCAUCCACCUGCAGGCCCUUAAACUCGGUCGAGCCGGCGACGGUCCCGUCAAUUCCCGAGGCGCACAGCCUCUAUGUGACCCUCAUUCUAUCCGAAUCGGUGAUGAAUCUUUUCAAAGACUGUAACUUUGACAGCUGUUGCAUUUGCGUUUGCAACAUGAACAUCAAAGGUGCUGACGUUGGAGUUUACAUUCCAGACCCAACCCAGGAAGCCCAGUACAGGUGCACGUGUGGAUUCAGCGCGGUCAUGAACCGGAAAUUUGGCAACAGCUCGGGAUUGUUCCUCGAGGAUGAGUUAGACAUCUUGGGCCGCAAUUCGGAAUGCGGCAAAGAAGUGGAGAAACGCUUCGAGGCCCUUCGCACGGCUUCCGUCGAGCAGAGUGGAAGCUUGAAGGAGGCGGACCGGCUUCCCGACGAGCUGAUACUUUUGUUGCAAGACCAGUGCACCAACUUGUUUUCGCCGUUUGGAGCGGCAGAUCAAGACCCCCUGCCCAAAGUCGGCGCCACGGGCAAUCUGGUGCGGGCCGAGGAAAGAGACUGUUGCUACGACUGCUAUCUCGCAUUGGAACACGGACGCCAGUUUAUGGACAACAUGUCCGGAGGGAAGGUUGACGAGGCGCUUGUGAAGAGUACUUGUUUGCAUCACUGGUCGAAACGAAAUGGAACCGAUGAGUCUCCUGAACCACUGCCCAUUCCAACCUUCUUGUUGGGGCACGAUUAUGACUUCUUGGUGCUGUCGCCUUUUGCCUUACCAUAUUGGGAGAGGCUAAUGCUGGAGCCCUACGGAUCUCAGAGGGACAUCGCCUACGUGGUGGUGUGUCCGGAGAACGAAGCGCUGCUGAACGGAGCAAAGAACUUCUUUCGAGACCUCACUGCAGUAUACGAGUCCUGCAAACUCGGCUUGCAUCGGCCCAUCUGCAAAGUCUUGCCCGACGGGAUCAUGCGAGUGGGAUCCACUGCUUCAAACAAACUCUCUGAGAAGUCGGUGGCUGAGUGGUUCUCGCAGACGGCUCACGCCAACAAGGAAUCGUUUUCCAGGCUCAAACUCUACGCUCAAGUCUGCAGAUACGAUCUGGGUCCUUAUCUUGCUACACAGCCAUUGGACAAUUCCUUGCUUUCCCAGUCCAACCUCGCUCCUCCCACCAGCCAUCCUGCUUCCAUCCAGCCUCAGGUUGCAGGCAGCUGCACUCCAUCCUCCACCUCCAGUAAUGCUGCUGUCCCGAUGAAUUCGAGCAGCGCCAUCACCUCCGCUACCACCACUGCCAGCUCCACCUUGACCACAACCGCUGCUUCAUCCUCUUCUUCCAGCCUGGGCAGCGCGAUGCCAGCCAGCAAGGCCUCUUCGUUUCCACCUUUCGGCAACAUGAACAAUGCAGCCCCUUCCUCCCUUUCCACGCAGAGCACGGCCGUCCAGAAUGGGCAGGCAGGGAUACAGCACCCGCAGCAAACAGCAGGGAUAACCGGGGAGGUCUUACCUGCCCCGACGCAGCCGCAUCCGGAGGUUUCCGAAAGCACUAUGGAACGGGACAGAGUCGGGAUCCCCACCGAUGGCGAUUCCCACGCAGUCACCUACCCGCCUGCCAUUGUCGUUUACAUUGUGGAUCCUUUCACGUAUGAAAAGAAAGAAGAGAACAGCUCCUCAAAUGUCUGGACUCUUGGUCUUCUCCGCUGCUUUCUAGAAAUGAUCCAAAACCUUCCUCCUCACCUUAGAAGCAUCGUGGCUGUUCAGCUUGUUCCUUGUCAGUAUCUGCUGCAACCCGUCAAGAACGAAGACAGACAGAUUUACACCCAGCACUUAAAAUCCCUGGCAUUUUCCGCCUUUACCCAGUGCCGAAGACCUCUCCCAACGUCCACCAAUGUGAAAACAUUAACAGGGUUUGGCCCGGGCUUAGCGGUGGAAAUGGCACUCAAAAGUCCUGAUGUGAGUACUGCCAAUGGGAGAACAAGGUGA